AUGGUCCAAAUUCAAACCAACUACCAAUCCAAACCAGUCGAGAUCAACGUGUCUGCCGAGAAGUUGAUUCAGUUCCUUCUGGACGUGUCCUCAUGCGCCAAGUGCUACCCAUUCGUUGAUGUCGUUGAGAAGGUCUCUGACAAUACCUUUAGAUGGACCAUGCAGGAGCGUAAGGUCGGCAGCAUCCAGAUGAAGGCCACCCAUGUCACAAAGUACACCCGUAAUGCCAACACCAUCACCUGGGAGAACAUGCCCGGCGGAAACAUGUCCUCUGUUGGAAAGUUCAUCAUUUCCUCUGUCAAUGCCAACAAGUCCACACUGACCGUUGACUCGAUCGUCGAGACCGACAUUGAAAUCCCCAAGCUUUUGGUCGGCUUUGCCAAGACCAUGGGUCAGCGCGAGAUGGCCCAGUCAUGGGAUGCCUACGUACUGAGCAUCAAGAAGACAGUCGAGUCGGGCAAGGUCACCAAGGUUGCCCCAGUCGAGGACGUCGUCGUCAAGGACCAGAAGUUUGAGAAGGUCCGUCUCCAGGAGAACCUGAGAACCGAGAACUACAACACAAUGGUCUCUGACUACUAUGAUAUUGUGACCGAGACCUACCAAAGUGGCUGGGGCAACCAUUUCCACUUUGCGCCAUUCAAGACCAGCACCGAAUCCCUCGAGACUGCCGUCACCCGUCUGGAGCACGAGGUCGCCGACUCUGCUCGCAUCACCAAGGACAGCUUCGUGUUGGACGUUGGUUGUGGUGUAGGUGGACCCACUUUGGAGAUCUGCAAGUACACUGGCUGUCGUAUCCGUGGUCUCAACAUCAACAAGAAGCAAGUCGGCAUUGCCACUGAACGUGCCCGCCAAAUGGGUCUCUCUGAUCGUGCCGGUUUCGACCAUGGUGACGCCAUGAAGAUGCCCUACGCUGACAACACCUUUGAUGUGGUUACCUUCUUCGAGUCCACUUGUCACAUGCCAGACAAGCAGGUCUUCCUCAAGGAGUGUUUCCGUGUGUUGAAGCCAGGCGGACGUCUUUCUGGUUCCGAGUGGCUGCAGUGUGAGAAGCCAUCCGAGAAGGAUAUCAUCCAGUUCAUCGAGCCAAUCUGUGCCCACCACUCUGUUCCACACAUGGGCUCAUUGAACUCCUACCGUUCAAUGAUGGAGAAGUCUGGCUUCUACGUCCACAUCGCCAUGGACCUGACCCAAUCUGGUGACAUCCUCCGUAACUGGGAGAUUCUGGACAACAAGACAAUCAACACCUUCAAGGCCUUGCCAAAGGGUUCCGUCGACCCUACCAUCGAGAUGAUGAUUUCUGGUGCCAUUGCUCUCUCUGAGGGUGCACGCUUUGGUGCAUUCGUCUUGGGUCGUUUCUUGGCUUCCAAGGACCUUCCAAGAGCCAAACUCUAA